AUGGAAUUGUCGGCGACAAGCAUAAUUAAUUACAUUUUGAAUGUUUUCACCGGUCUAAUUUAUUUAAAAUUAUCUGAAUCAUUGUAUAAAAAUUGUGCUCGAUUAUUGUUUGAUGAUGAGUUUCUUCCUACGUUUCGUUCUUCAACUCUUUUAAAAUUGAAUAUCAGAAUACAAUGUUUUGAUGAUUGUCUUUAUCUUCUCGAUGGUCGAUUUAGCCAACUUCAUACACUCUGUGUUGAUUUGGUUCAUAUUAAUCGUCCACAUGAAAUUAAAAAUCAAGGUGAUUUACCAAAUCUUAAGUGUUUUUCUCUGUCCUGUAAUUUAGCAAUAAUUUUCUACGAUGAAUUGAUCCUACCACUUCUAUAUCGAAUGUCAAAUUUAGAACGACUCGAAGAAUUAACCGUGGUUAAUUACGAACCACAAAAUGAAAAACAAUCUUAUGAAUCAAACAAUGACAGUCAAAAUUUAUCACUUGUUGAAUAUUCUUGUCCGAAUGAAAUUGCUAUUGUCAGGGUUCAUGAUCAUUAUAUAGAACAAUUUCUAUUUAAUACUAAAACAUAUCUACACAAUAAUGUUCUUCUUCAUAUCAAUUAUGAAUCUUUACAACGAUUUUUGCUUUCUGCAAAAAUAUCUCAAUCAUCUUCAUCUCCUGUCGAUUUGAAUUGUUAUUAUGUUCCAAAAUUGUUCAUUAUUUAUCUCUCUAUCAAUACCAUGUCUAUAACGUCAACAACAGAUUCCAAAACAAAUUCAAUUAUGAAUACCAAUCAAUUUUUUGAAUAUCUUAAGACGACAUUUAAUGAAAAAUUUGCUGUUUUUAUUUGUGAAGAUUUACACAUAAUCACCACUAUUGAUCCUUCAAAAUUGACCACAACUUCAAGUGAAGUGAGCGAAGCCGAUACUGUUGUCAAUAAAAGUAGAGUGCAUUUAUCCAAUGAUAAACACAUCGGAAAACGUAAACGUCGUUGUAAGGUUGGUUCAUCUAAUAAUUGUCCACAUAAUAUCGACUGGUCUUUCUCAAGUGAUGAAUAUCAGCCUCCAUCACUAGAAGAAUUAUAUCCGCAUGAACGUAUUUCUUCCCAAGAGCGAGCUGAUUUUGAACUUGUAACACAUGGUCGUCUGGAUUACUUCUGUCAAAAAUACUUAUUUUUGACGAAUGUGACUGGUAUGGGUUUAUCUUUCAAUUACUUAUAUGAGAAAUUAAAGAUUAGUGGGUGUUAA